UUCAGCUGCUCCAUAUAUGCUGUACAUGGAAUUAAAUACCUGCUCAUUACGAUAUUAGCCGCAAUCUAGAGAUGUUAUUUAUUCAUUCCAUUUUUCACCCAUUUGAACUCUAUAAACUAGAAAAUACUUUACAAUCAUUACACCGCGUAGGUAAUUGAUGAAUCGAUUGAUAAGAUAAAUAAACUCAAUGCUAACUUAUUGAAAUUAAAUUCAACUCAAUAAAUGGCAAAUAUCAUUAGUAUUUUUUUUCUAAUGUAGAGUGAAAUUCAGCAUCUAUUCGGUUCAAAAAUGUUGCAUAAACUGAUCUGUUUUUCUAUUUUAAUAUCGCUUGUGGCCGUUUAUGCGUGGGAUCCAACUUUCAAAUUUACAACCCGAAAAAUCCUCUAUCGAACAAAUCCCAAACCGCCCAAACUGAUUCUAUGUUAUCGUUACCACACUCUUAAAAAAGCUAUUCAAGAAUCUUUAAGGAAAAAAGAUCCGAUAGAGUUGACUAUCAUCGAUAUACGUGAUAGAAAUGAAGUCAACCAAACUGGUACAGUGCCAACUGCCAUAAAUAUACCAGUUGAAGAACUUUACGGGGCUUUGAAUUUAAGCAUAACUGAGUUCAACGAGACGUAUCAUGCGGAAAAACCAAGGUGGCAUAGGAAACUGGUAAUAAUGAGUAAACACGGACGAGAAGGUUUGGAAUGUUGCGAAGAAGUAUUAAAAUAUAAUUAUACGAGGGUGGGAAAUUAUCACGACGGAUGGGCAGAUUGGUACAACAGAACGUGGAUGGUAGGAAUGAGCCUUGACUGGACAUGGAAUCCUGACGCGUGGACUUUACAACCGAUUAACAGAAGCAACAGCGAACAAGAACAAAACGAUUGAUAAUGAUAAUAAUACAUUUUUUUUCUUUAAAAUUAUAAAAAUAGCUAAUAUAAGUAUCUACAAAUGUAUAAAUUAAAAUUACUUAUUUUUCGACAA